UACGACAAAAGGCUAAAGAUAUUACUAACCUUCUUCAAGAUGAUGAACGUCUUAAUGCAGAGAGACGUCAAAGAGCCAAUAUGAGAGAUAGAUUAGCAGGUCAUAAUGAGUUACCCGGGUCAGUUAAUAGAAAUGUGGAUCAUGGAUUUUAUGAACAUCCCGGAAAUUUAGACGAUGAAGAUGCUGAUAUAAAAAAAGCUAUUGCAGAAAGCUUAAAAACAGCAAACGAAGAUGAGAAAAAUAGUACUAAAGAAGAAGAAGAUUUAAAGAGAGCACUUAAAUUAAGUAAAGAGGAGGAAGAAAAGAGACAAGCAGUACUCGAAAAACAGAAUGAACAAUUGUUGUUUGAUCCAGG